AUGCCUCAAGAAAAUAGGAAACGCAACAGGGUGCCUGUUGUCAGCCUGCUGUCGCCUGACCCUGACACGGACAUCGGCCGCCCCCUGAAGCGUCCCCAGCGUGAUAUGUCGGCUCCAGAAGCGCAUGGAAUGCCUAUUACUGAUGUGGUUGAUCUCAGUGGAGACUCUCCUCAGUCAGAGAAAGCGGCUGCAUGCGGGUCACCGUUCCAGGAGGCUGACAUGGACGAGGGGCAUGCGCUCUGGGGCGAGUUGGAUGAGUCGCCGCCUCGCUGGCGACAGGUGCGCCGCCGGACGCAGGCGCCCCGCGGAGAGCAGCACUUCCAGCCGCCGCCUCCGCCACCGCCACCACCUGUCUCCCGAGGGCUCCCCACCCGCCCCACUGCCUGGCGUGCCAGGGCGUCUGGUGCGGGGGGUCGCAUGCACUCACCAUCUGGCAGGCCGGUGGGGAUGCCGGGCGCUGCAGCGGCGUUGCGUGCUUCAGGCGGAGACCGGCUGCGCACGAGGUCACAGAGCCGGCACGAUUCCGAUGAAGACUUAGAUGAUCCCACCAGGGCAAUGGACGACUUUGUUGCACAGAGGCGGGCAGAGCUGGAGGCGCUGAGGGCGGAUGAGGCUCUGGCGCAGCGCAUGGAUGAGCUGGAAGCGAUGGAGAUGUGGGCCAAUGGGGAUCCGGCCCCGGAGUGGCACGGCUGGCGCGCGCGCAGUGGCGCUGCGGCGGCCCGGCCGCGUGGCCAGCCGCACUUCGCGGGUCCUCAGCCGCCCCCGCCCCCGGGCCGGGGCCGCCGCCGCGGCUGGGCCAAUGCAGCCUCCAUCGCGGAGGUCGUCAUGGGCAUGUUUGCUGGCGCUGGACCCCUGGCUGGUCCUUUCACCGGCCUGGACGGUCCCUCGGGUGGCCACUGGAGCGCAAUGCGCGAGGCAUUCGCGGGCAUGAGCCAGUCCCGGCUGCCACCGCACCUGCUUUUCACCGAGCGGGACUUUGACGAGAACGACUAUGAGGCCCUGCUGGCCCUGGACGAGGCUGUGGAGAGCCGCAAAGGGGCAAGCGCGCAGCAGAUUGAGCACCUGCCGACUGUCAUUGUGGGCGCGUCGGGCGUGGGCCCAGACAAGGAGUGCAAAUGUCCCAUCUGCCUGGAGGACUUUUCACCUGGGGCUGUGCUGCACCGCCUGCCAUGCACCCACCAGUUCCACCGAGACUGCGUAGAUAAGUGGCUCACGCAGAAAGCUACCUGCCCAAUCUGCCAGCAGUGUCUGUGA